AUGAAUGAAAUUCGUCAAUUAUGUACAACAUCUUCAUCACCCGGCAAACAUCUAGAUGAAAUUCUUGCUCUUUUUCAAGCAUGUCCACCUCAACAUCGGCUACCAUCAUUAUCACUUAUUGGUCAAUCAAUAUCAUGUAUGUCAAUUGAACAAUUAGAUAUAAAUAUAAUAAACCAUCCAUUAUUUCUUGUUAUACGACAUUCAUCGGAACGUUUACUUCAAUCAUGGUUAAAUAAUACAACAUUAAAUGGUCAUGAAUAUCGAGCUAUAUUUUAUAUAUAUCAAUUAUUUAAACUUGUAUCAGAAUGGUUAAUCGAACAAGAUCAUAUGGCUUUAGACAAUAAAAAUAAAGAAUUAAUAAAACGUAUUAUUAAAAAUUUAUUUCUUGAAGAAAAUUUUAUUAAUACAUUAUGUCGAGUCAUUAAUCAAUUGAUUAAUAAUGAAAAUGAUGAGCAACAUAGUUUAAUAGCAAGUCAUUCAUCUGAUAAUGACAAUCAUGUCUCACCAGAUGAUAUACAAUUUCAAACGCAUAUAUCAGAUAUUCAAGCUGAACAAGCUGACAUUGUAGAUGUAUUAUUUCGUUGUGUAAACACAUUACUUACUCUUUAUAGUCAUCCAAUACUAUUAAAUAGUUCUUUAGUUGAUCAAAAUUUAACAUCAUGUAUAAUAAAUUGUCUUAAUACACCAUUAUUUAUUCAACUUUCAACAGAAUUUUUACGACAAAAUAUAACAUAUGAUCAAAUCAAUAUACGUUCCGUAUUUCUUUUAUUUACAUGUCUUGAUUAUUGUAUAUCAUCAGCAGUAACACAAUCAACAUUACAAUUACUACCAUCAAUAAAUCAAAUAUUUCAUAUUUGGUCAGGGAUUUCACAUAAUUUCGAUGAUGAUAUAUCACCAUUAAUUAUUCGUCUUAUUCGUUUCAUUAAUCAAUUAGCAUUUAUAGAUAAAGAUGCAAUUAUACGAGCAAAUCUUUGUUCUUAUCUUAUACCAUAUUUUGAUAUUUUAUGUCAAACAUCAAAUUUAAUUGAUGAUAUAUCAUCAUUACUUGUCACACUUUGUUCAACAACAGUAGGUAAAAAACAUUUACGUCAUUUAGGUUUUGUUCCACAUAUAUUAUAUGGAACAAAACGUUAUGCACAAUUAUGGCGUCCAUUAACAUUUUUAAUAACUCAACAAGAUUUAUAUGAAACAUCGCUUUUAAAACGUCUAAUACAUUUAUUAACACAACGAACAAUAAAUAUAUUUCAAUCAUUAACAACAGCAUCGAAUGAUACAUCAUUUGAUUCAGCAUUACCAUCAUCAAAAAAUCAUGUUACUGAAAUCGCUAUUGAUUGGUUUAUUUUAUUACGUACAAAUUUUCUAACAUUUUUACUUAUUACCGAUGGAUUAAUAAAUUCAACAAAAAAAGGAAACUUUAUUAAUAUGUUAAUUGAUACAAUUUUAUUCGUACAACAAGAUGAUGAUAUUCAUCCAAAACUUAUCGAUGUUAUGAUUGAAUUUCUAUGGACAUUCUCUUUUAAUACAUCAACAAAUAUUCAUGAUAGUUUACAAAAACGUAUUGAUUUAUGUCAAUGGUUAAAAAUGAAUACUUCGGAAUCAAUUCCAAGUAUACGUCUUACAUCACAAGGACUUCUUUCAACUUUAGAUUUAAAUACGAAAACUCUAAAUCGUUCAACAGUCAAUCGUCAUUCAUCAAUACCAACAAAUAAUCUUAUUUGUUUGAUUAAUGCUGAUGAAUCACAUCGUGAUUUAUGUAUGACACUUCGUGAUCGUCUUCAAAUCGAACAACAAUAUUCUGUUGAACUUAUUCUAACUUCAACAUGUCAAUCAAUUGAUUCAUUAAUUCAUCUUAUUAAUCGUUCAUCACUUGGCCUUUUUUGUGCAAGUAUACAAAUGAAAAGUGAUAAUUUAUCACAUUUUAUUCAUUAUUAUAUGUCACAUCAAUCUCAAAAAAUUCCAAUGUUAACAAUUCUUACUGAACAAGAUUGUGAAAUCAAUGGUAAUUGGCUUGAAAAUAUUCCAGUUGUUGAUAAACAAUCAAUACUUAAACAAAUUCGACGUUAUUUAAAUCAAAAUGAUGAUAAUCAACUACUACAACAACAACAGACAAAUAAUAGUCAUAUACAACAUAGUAUAAAUUCUGAUGAAAUACAUAAUCAAUCAAAAAAUUAUAUGCAACGUCCUGUUUCAUAUUGGUCAGCAGAUGAUGUAACUCAAUGGUGCGAAGCAGCACAAGGUAAUUUUGAAACAUUACGACCAUUAGUUAAACGUUUAAAUGGUCCAGCACUUGUACAUCUUGCUGAAAUCUUAUCAAUUGAACCAGCAUCAAUGUAUCAUAGUUUAAAUAGUGAACUUAUACAACGAACUGGUUCAAAUGUUCCACUAACAGAAUAUGUUUCAUUACGAAGUGAAUUACAACGAUUACUUAUACAAAAACAAAAUGAAUGUCUUACAACAAAUGCUAGUAUGAAUAAUAAACCAAAGAAGAAAAAAUGGAGACACAGUCGUUUUUGUACUUUAAUUUAA